CCCGGGGCUGCUCCCGUUUAAAGGGUGUUGGGGACGGCACGGGGGCGGCAGAGCGGUGGCGUUGGGUUGGGGCUGCUGGAGCUGCUCACUGCAGAGGUGCCAAGAUGGGGUUCUUCACGUUCAUCAAGGUCAUGAUGAUCCUCUUCAACCUGGCCAUAUUUCUUGGUGGCGGAGCCCUCCUGGGCGUCGGCAUCUGGGUGACGGUGGACGGGCAGUCCUUUGUGAAGAUAUUUGGGGGGAUUUCGUCCACCGUCCUGCAGGUCGUGAACGUUGGCUACUUCCUCAUCGUCAUUGGUGCCAUCUUGUUGAUCAUUGGCUUCCUUGGGUGCUACGGCGCCCAGAAGGAGAGCAAAUGUCUCCUGAUGAUGUUCUUCUCCGUGGUGUUGAUCAUCUUCAUCGCCGAAAUCGCGGCUGCCGUGGUGGUUCUGGUCUACACGAGUCUUGCAGAGACGUUCCUGACAGCCGUGGUGACUCCCGUCCUGAAGGAGAAGUACGGGGCUGACAAUGAUUUCACACAAAUAUGGAACCUCACCAUGGACGAGGUCCGCUGCUGUGGCCUGAAUAACUACACAGACUUUGAAGACUCCCCGUUUUAUAAACAGAACAAAACCUUCCCUCCGCCCUGCUGCAAGGGCCUUUUCCCGUGCAAUGAAUCACUCGCGGCAGCGAGUAAAGUCCAGGGUUGUUUUGACCAGAUUUUGGAAGACAUCAAGACGAACGCAGACGUGGUGGGUGGCGUGGCUGCCGGCAUCGCUGCCUUGGAGAUCGCAGCCAUGGCCGUCUCCAUGUACCUGUACUGCCGCCUGGACCAGAAGUGACCCCCGGCAGCAGCGGGAAGCCGUGCCCCCCCCCUCCGUGUGCCGGGGUGCUCCUGACGGCCGCACCACUCUCUGGGCCCGAUGCCGGCCGGUGCACUGUGACCUUAGAGCUCUUUUGAUCUACUGAGCUGGGAUCUGUAGAAUUUAUAUGUAUAUUUUUGUACUGAUAUGGCGUAAUGCAUCUGUACAUAGAGAUAUUAUUUUUUUUUUUUUUGAGGCAGGGAAGGGGAGGGGGAAGCCACCCGGUCUGUUUUGCUGAUGCCAGCAGGAGAUAUGGCCCAGGCAAAGAUCAGGGCUGCCGAGCAGGCACUGGCCCUGCCCUGACCAACCCUUGUGGUGCCUCUCCCGUGCUGCCACCUCCCCGUCCCUGGCCUAACUUUGCUGGCCGGGGACUGGGCUGGGUCCUCAACCAGCACGGUGGUGGCUGCACCCCCAAACUGGGGUCCCUGCGCUGGUCCCAUGGGGUCGCUGCCCCUGGUGUGGAGCUCAGCCCUGUAGGUCCCCACUGUGAUUUCAGUGUGAGAACCCUCUCCCUAAUGUAAAGAAAAAUACAAUUAUUAUUAUUUUUUGUCUCAGAUGUAAGCUGUUUUCUGCUGUCUUCAAUAAAGCCGUGUACCCGCAGCCCCUGCUGUGCAUGGGGGGCUGCCCACA